CCGUAGCGAAGACAAAGGUGAUGUAUUUGUACAGACAAUGCGUCGUAAAUGAACGAAAUUACAUGAAACGCGCCAUUAAAAUGAAAACGGAUAAAAAAGCGUGACUACGAUCGCGAGGAGUAAAUCAUCGCUCGGGGUACAUAAAGAAAUCGGAGAUAAGGAUUAGCUCGUCUGACGAACGGAUCGACCGCUUGAUCGAAUCGAGAUGGGCGCUCUCAGCUUCGCUCUUCCCUUCACAGUUUUGCUCUGCUUGUUGCCAUCGUUGUUGAACGCAUAUAAUCUUGGAAAAGUGGCAACGACCGUAGCCGAGCAAUUGAACAAUCUCGUCGACAUCAUUGGCGUAUCAAAGGAAAUUCGCGACGACAAUGGGGAAAUCGUGGACGAGUCUUCGAAUCCAUUGAUAAUAACGAAAUCCGUGGACUCCGUGGGGGACCCAACGAAACUGAACGUGGGUUUUCAAGCCAAAGUCGAAUCGAAGAAUCUUCCGUUGAGAACUGAACGUGGGUUUUCAAGCCAAAGUCGAAUCGAAGAAUCUUCCGAUCUGACUCCAGCAAAAUUGUCCUUUCCGUGCAGAGACGCGACGGCGGCGGAGGGAAGCAGGAGGAACGCGACUGUUUUUCACCUGUACAUCCCGGAUAUCAAGGAUAUGUUGAGAGAGAAGUUCGCCAAGGCGAAUAUGCAGCUCGGAUUGGACGUUGGUGUCACGGGCGAGCACGCGGACAAGAUUGACGCCUUGGUCGUCGAUGACCGCUCGAGAGGAAAGAAGAAUUACAUCCGUCUCUGCAAGAGAUUAACCGACGGAUCGACAACGAGUCUGAUGCAGAAACUGCGCGGCAAGGAUUGCGUGAAGCUCCUGAGGAACGAAUUUUAUCUUGAGCCAACGAGGGACGCGAAUUGGAGAAGGGACGACACGCUUAGGCUCGUAGGACUGAAAAUCGGGACGAAGACCGACAACGGAAGGGAUUACAAAGACUUCGGGAACGAGAGUCAACAGCGGAGCGAAGCUUCGAUUUCAGAUAUUUUGGCUAAUUACGAUGAAUCGCCUGGGAAAGUGGCGGCCGACAAGCUUGGAACGGGUCUGAAUAUCAAGAUGCCUAUGAUCGAUGGUAGAAUCGCUAAUCUCAUGCGCGACGGUAAACUCUCGCUGUCCGCGUCGACCAUGUUAAACGUGUGAGAGAGUGAUAAUUAACGAUUAAGUCAGCUUCAAUUAACUAUUUCAAUUUACACAUUUAAUAUAUAUGUAUGUAUUUAUGCGUGUACAAAAAAUAAAGACAUUACUUGUGCCGUUAAACACAU